AUGCGUCUUGCCCGGCCGAAAUUCUCAGAAGCGGCUCCAUUCGCUGUGGAUCCGCUCGAUGCGGCUGGUUUUUCCCAACUUCUCGAAUCAGCUCUAAAUAAGAACGAUAGUGACAAGAAGCAAGAUGUCAUUGGAGACUAUUUCAUUGCUCCACAGAUGUUUGAGAAUAUAUAUCUCGGUGAAACGUUCACCUUCUAUGUCAACUGCACUAAUGAGAGCGACCAGAAAGUUACAGAUGUGACCGUCAAGUGCGAUCUGCAAACGAAUAGUCAAAGAGUGAGUUUAAACUCGAACAUCCACGAAGUUGUUUUGGAAGGAGGAAAAUGCUCGGGCCAAAUUAUCAGCCACGAAGUCAAGGAAAUUGGACAACAUAUACUUAUCUGCUCGGUGAACUAUAAGACGUCUUCCGAUGAAAAGAUGUACUUCCGGAAAUUUAUCAAGUUCCCCGUUAGUAAGCCGAUAGAUGUGAAGACCAAAUUCUACAACGCUGAGAAUAACGAUGUUUAUCUCGAAGCUCAAAUCGAAAACACCGCCGCUACUGCGAUGAUUCUCGAGCGUGUAGAGUUGGAACCAAGUCCUAAUUAUACGGUUACUAGUAUUCACUGCGGAUAUAAGGAUAUGACCAACAUAGGCAAGCUGGAUAUGUCGUGGCGAACGAGUAUGGGUGAGCGAGGCCGUCUUCAGACUAGUCCUUUGCAGAGAAUUACAAGUAGGCUACUGGUUGGCUUCGAAAGAAUUCAGUCAGCCUGGGUGGCAUUCGAUCGGAGAAAUGCAAGGGGGGAUAGUCCACCUACCGCCAUGGGACUAAUUCCGUUUACAUUGGAAUUGAAAAGAAAUAAUUGCUGUUUUAGUGAACGAUCUCUGGAUUUGCAACUUGAACUUCAAAACACGUCAACGUCACUUGUGUUCUGCUCAAUCAGCGGGGUUUCGUUAGGACAGGUGCCACCAAACGGUAGUGUCACGUUUAGCGUGGAGAUGCUGCCCAUUUCUAUAGGAUUCCAGUCAAUUUCGGGUAUUCGAAUAGUAGACUCGUUCCUGAAGAAGACAUAUGAUCACGAUGACAUCGCGCAAGUGUUCGUGAUGUAG